UUUGCAAGAGAAGAGAGAAGAGUGGAGAGAAGAGAGGAGAGAAGGUGGCACAGAACAGAGAGAAGGGAGAUACUAGAGAACAUGCACAUCGCCCGCUGACAUACAUUCAGGAAUCAUGUUGACUCUACCGUAUGAAGAACCAGAUAUGACGUAUGAGCCCCGGUUUGGAGCCAACUACCCCCGUGGGAGCUUACCGGAUCUGGAGCCAAACCCAAUACACAGCCUGAACGUCACGUCGGACCCGGAGAGAGAGGGCGAGGAAGAGCCAGACCCGAUACACAGCCUGGACAUCACGUCGAACCCGGAGAGAGAGGGCGAGGAAGAGCCAGACCCGAUACACAGCCUGGACAUCACGUCGGACCCAGAGGAGGGUGACAUCUCAGAAAGAGAGGACGAAGAGAGAGAGGACGACAUCCAGCAGGAUGAAAACGGCCACCCCAGAAAGAGAGGACCACGGAGAAAGAAGUUGACUAAAGGUAGACAGGAGAGGGUCACGGUGCGCCGUCAUGAGGCAAACGCCCGUGAGCGCAGCAGGAUGCACGGUCUGAACGACGCGUUAGAGAGCCUCCGAAAGGUGGUGCCCUGCUACUCCAAGACCCAGAAGCUCUCCAAGAUAGAGACUCUGCGCCUGGCUAAGAACUACAUCUGGGCCCUGUCAGAGACGCUGUCUGCGGGCAAGAAGCCGGACCUGCUGGGGUUCGUUCAAACUCUGUGUAAGGGCCUGUCCCAGCCCACGACCAACCUGGUGGCUGGCUGUCUGCAGCUGAAAGCCAGGUCCUUCCUCACGGACCACAACGGAGAGGUGACGUACCCCGGUAGUACGGCCCACUACGACAACAUGUACCCCUACCCCGGGGCAGAUCUGGGCACGGCCCCUGGACAAGCCUGCAGCACCCUGGGCAGCGCCAAGCCGUCCUACCACAGCCGGCACUACAGCUACGGUGGCCAGUACGAGCCGUACUACGACCACACGCCUCCUGAGGGAGGAAGGGAGGGACACCUAGGCGGACAGAUCAGCCCUCCUCUGAACUUUAACGGCAUAUUCUCUCUGAAACACGACGAACCGGAGGAGUACGGGAAGAGCGGCCACUAUGGGAUGAGAUACAGUUCUGUGCCCGGUCACGGCUCCCUCAGCUCGGCAUCCAUGUACCGGGUCUCGCCAGAGGGCCGGUUACACUAUGAAUUACACCUUCGGUCCGCAGGGCAAACCCACAAGGCUGAGACUCAGAGCCAGCAGGCAGAGCCGCCAGGCUGGGACUCAGAGCCAGCAGGCAGAGCUACCAGGCUGGGACUCAGAGCCAAUAGGCAGAGCUACCAGGCUGGGACUCAGAGCCAAUAG